GCUCCCGCUUGGCACGCCAUAAAAUAGCUGCCGCCAUGAAAAUCAGAGCCGGUUUCUCCGUGUUCCCAUCUCGUACCGAGAUCUGGACUGGUAAGACGAGAAAAUGAAUGCAAUUAUGGCCGUUUCCGGGCUCAAUCGGUGGCUGCUUUUAUUACUCUUAAUUGGCGUCGUCUCUGCUUCCGUCGCAAGCAACCCAAAAAAUGCUACUGGGCCAAUUGGUGGCAUCACCCUUGCAGACUUAGAGGAAAGAAUACAGCUAUGCCCGGUGGUAGUCGACCUCAACACUGAGAAACUGGCAGCUUCCUCGGACGAAUCGACCCUCAUAUCCCGCAUCUUCUCAGUGCUCUUUCCAGGCAGCCCUGCCGUGAACGCCCUCCUCGCAACGCUAUACAUAUCCGGACCGCCCAAUUUCUUAUUGGCAUUAUGUCCGCCCAACAUCGACCCAGCGUCACUGUCCGUCAUGGUAGCGUUCGCGGUCGGUGGUUUGAUGGGUGAUACUUUGUUCCAUCUACUCCCGGAGAUCUUCCUGGGCGAGGAUAGCCCCCAACAUGUCCGGUUUGUGCUUGUGGAGCCGAACCGAAACCUGCUACUUGGUGUCGCAAUAUUGGUUGGGUUUAUGACUUUCGUUGCCAUGGACAAAGGACUACGCAUCGCGCUGGGUGGCGAGGGGCAUGACCACAGCCACGGAAACCACACCCAUAGCGGACACGAGUUAACUAGUAAAGCCUCUUCCACCGCAGUGGACGUAUCGAACAACGAAGUCAAGUCGCGCAAGAAGGGCAAGGAGGGCCAGAAAAUAGUCGAGAUCAAGGCUGAGAAGGACAUCAACCCAUCCGUCAAACUAGGGGGCUAUCUCAACAUGAUUGCUGAUUUCACCCACAAUAUCACGGACGGCUUAGCCAUGUCCGCCUCGUUCUAUGCGUCGCCUACAAUUGGGGCCACAACAGCUCUUGCUGUUGGCCUGCAUGAGAUCCCUCACGAAGUUGGCGACUUCGCCCUUCUGAUCCAGUCUGGAUUUUCGAAAAGAGCGGCAAUUGGCGCACAAUUCGUUACAGCCUCUGGUGCGCUCUUGGGGACAUUGAUUGGAAUCGCAGUUCAGGAAUUCGGCGGUAAUUCUGAAGGCAACUCCAUGGGCAUGAAGGAUGGUCUAUAUGGCACGAGCUUGACGUGGGGCGACAUGCUGUUGCCAUUUACCGCCGGGACGUUCCUCUACGUGGGGACCGUUGGGGUGAUACCCGAGCUGCUCGAAACUGGACCGAACAAGAAGGCGGAAGCUCAAAAGACACUGGCGCAGUUCGUUGCCGUUGCGCUUGGGGCAGGUAUCAUGCUCUAUAUCUCGUGGAGUUGAGUAUAAGCGGGGACCAUUCGACCCACAGCAAGGCUUGGCAAUGGCCAGGCUGUCGUCAGCGGCAGGAUGACUCAACUCAGCUAUGCUUCUGGCAUGGAGGAGAAGCAGGUUGUGAUGCCGAGGACAGGGCGGUCGCGGCUCUCAAGUACAUGGUGAUGGUGAUGAUCGUCAUCGCUUGAUGAGUCUCUCAGAUCCUUUUAUUGGGGGAGCGGGGGGAGGACGGACCUUAUAAGAGUGACUGGUCAACCAGACAAGCUGUAGUAGUUGCGAUGUUGUCCGGCUUGCGUAUCAGGGGUGAACAUAUAGAUCAUAGAUUAAGGUAACCGUUGAGGACAAAUCUCAAUGUGGUUGUAGCAUGAACCCUCAUACCCCCGGCUGCCUUGUGUAACUUGGAAUUUGUGACCUCUAUUUGCCAGUUUUUC